AUGAACGGAGCGCCGUUGAUUGGCUAUAUCGGCGGUGGCUCAGCAAGGCUGGAUGGCCGGAAGAUUGUGAGGCGGGGCGUCUACGAGGAAAUCCUCCUCAGCAAGGAGUACAUUCUCAAUGAUGGCGGUGGCGGCGAGAUCAAGCUUUCAGAUCUGGGCACCAUCGCUUCCCUUCUCUUCCGCACACACUCAGGCAAAGAGUGGCUGGGGGAGCUGGCGAGCUGGUGCCGACGAAUCUUUCGCCUGAGAGCGUAUUAUUUCAACUACACGCUCUGUCCAUCCAACGUCCUCCAACUGACCACCUCUCUCGAUGCCACGUUGCCUUGCGACAAAUGCUCCGCGCUGUGUGGAGUGCUUCGGCUGAAAUCCAUACAGUACCAAAAUACUCACACAGAACACGAAGCGCUGCAAAACAUCCUGGUGGCCCUGACGGUUGAAGGCCGGUUCUCUUGGCGGUGCGCGAUCCCCCCAAGCCCUCCGGGGCACGCAAACCGUCUCGUGUUAGACGGACCACUGCUGCCGUACAUUGAAAACCAGCUCGAUUUGCACGCUACCUUUUACGGCCAGCCAGAAGUCUCACAGUCGACGGUCAGCUUCAGCUGCUACCACGUCGGUCACGUGAAGGAAACCGCUCCUCUUGCGGAGCGCAUCCAGGAGGCCGCGAAGUAUGCGCCGGACAUGUCUAGCACUUCUGCAACCGACAUCCCGCGUCAUAUCGCGGUCAUUCAGGCCUUGCUGCUCCGGAUCUGCGGCGACGCGAUCCUGCCGUUGGUGACGGAGCCGAUCCUGUCGCGCCUCUGUAACGUUUUCCACCCACCGGUGAAAGACGCGGGCUCAACGGUUCUCAUGAAGCUGCUGACGUUGAGGGAUCCAAGCUCAUUGUACACCCGGCACGAGCGAUCCACCACCACAUCGACGAGGUCAAAGCAAGAUCUCGACUUCAUCGCCUGGACCCCGUUCCCGCCAAACAAGGACAAGACCGGGAACGGGACAACAGACCACUACGCCAUUGGGACGAAAGGCAGCACCACAACCGGAAUGCAGACUGACGUCUUCAGCAUCCGCCAAUAUCCGCUCCUCUUCGCCGCGACUCCUGUUCGUGGGCGUGUCCCCGAGCACGACGACGAGCCAGGCACGAAUUCCUCCUCGCUACGCUGUGUCUGGCAGACGGUCCUACACCAACCUGUGAACAAAGAGACGCGGUUCACGAUGGCCGCAGGCACCGCGAUCCUCCUCAGGCCGUUCGGCGCGAGGCGCCAGCGCUGGAGCAAGUACCGCUUGACAUUGCAGCUGGAGCAAGCACAAUGCACUAGCGGCGGCGGCGGCGGCGACACGGGAGAGUCGAGAGGGAGGGCGCCCGCUGUUGCAAUCACCCUUUUCGUUUCGCUUUCGCCUCCGCCUCCGCCCUCGCCUUCUUCUAUACAGUAA